GUUUGCCCUUGAGAUAUCCCUCAAGAUUGAUUUUUCGAGGCACAAUGAAAGGUAAUAGCGCGGACAGGCACCGGCUUUCCAGUCGCGUGGCCGACGUUACCACGUGGAGCAUUAAAUUAACUACUGUUCCAAAUUCCUUAUCGCAUACUUAAUCGGCGCUUAAAAAACAUCACGUAUAGCCCAAGUGAGAAAAAAAUUAUGUCAAUACUCUGUGCUAUUCAUUUACAUCGGGAUGCCAAUAAUACAUGACUCGACGGAUAAGAGACAAGUGUAAUUUCAAGACUGCAAUAACAAUGAAGAAUCGAGAGGAAUAUGCAACGGGGAUAACAAUAUCGUGCUUGUCAAUCAUGAUAAAUGCCGUACCGAGGAAAAUACCGGCGUUAUGUUAAUAAUUGUAUUCCAAACGCUAUUGCGACGAUUUUUCGACGUGUUACCGCAUUAUGUUAAAAAUAUAACUCGCAUAUUCGCGAGCUCCCGUUUUUUCACGCUUGUUAUGAACGUUACACCUACAAAUGCCUGGAAUUCAGCCGUGUCCUACAGUUCAAAUGUUGUCUAUGCAUCAUGUUUGUACGUAUUGAAACCGACCAGCACGCGGCGAGAGAGUCAAAGCGACGACGACGACGACGCCGUGAUCGCGGAUGCCGCAGCUCUCGAUUAUCGACCACGGAUGCACGCCCGCCGUGGUCAAGGCGCAGCCGCGGCCCAGGCGCGGUCGCCGCGAUCAAAGCUGUCGGAUUUCUUCCAUCUCUGGGUCAACAACAUCCGGCUGCUCUACUGGGGCUUAGACGAUCUGGCUCCGCAUUUACCCGAGGGGAUGGGCAAUCUACAGAGCGAUAGCAAGAAGAAGCAGAAGAAGCGGGAGACUGCGGCAGUGCCGGCGUCCACAUCCACGGGGGAACUCCUCGAAACCGUCGAGGACCAGAGAAAGGAUAAGCGGGACCAAUCGCCCAAGACUCCCGAUGGAUACGACGAGCCGCGCGAACCGAUCAAGAUCAGUUUCGAGAAGGUGCAGACGCCGGGGCAUACGAAGAGACCGGCACCGCAGCCACCGAAAAUCGUGUUAUCCCAGGACACGGACAAAAGUGUAGAGCCAUGUGUAACUACGACGGAGUCUUCCCGCCCGAGUAUCAUGACGCCCACGACACCGACGACGACAUCGACACCGGCGCAGACCCCGACGACACCGCAGACCCAGCUACCACCAUUGCUGGUAACCGAUUCGUGGCGUUUGGCAAACAAGGGCCUAGUCGUUACGGAAAUGCCGACGCCACCCAGUCAGGAGUCCUCGAGCGACAGUGUCUUCACGGAUCCUGGGGAGCUCACUACGAGUCCGGUCAUGGCAUCCACGAACGCGCAAGUGGCAAAAUCGGCACUUGAAUCGUCUGUGAAGACGAUCGACAGCAAGGAGGAAAAGAAAAUUCCGUUUGUAAUCUCGAAACACAAGAAGAUCCAUUUGUCAAUGCUGAGUCCCCGAAUAAGCGUGACGUUGAGUAACAAGACGCCAUCAGAAAUGAAUGCCAGCACUCUGCAGAGACGACACAGUGUCUACGAGUCGCCAAUGAACGAAGGUACGGUGCUGAGAAGAGUGGCCAGCUUGACCCUGCAUAGUAAUAGCGCCAAGAAGAAAAGAAAUUGCAAGAGUAUUGUUACUCAGAAGACGGAUCACCACAAGAAAUUCGAAGAACGAGAACUACCAACAUCUAAGAUCUCUGCGUUAUCAGGCAAAAGUGUGAAGAAAAGCAUCACACCCAUGAUAGAUCGGACAGACACCUGCGUGCUGGCGGAUGAGUUUCUUUCAUCUCAAAAUAAAUCGAGCCAAACGUACAGUGAACACUCCAUGCCUGAAGAUAUACAUAGAUAUGAGGAAGAGGUGAAGAAACUGAGAGAUGAAAUCAAACGACUGCGCGAGAUAUCUAUAAAUCAACAAAAAAAUACUAAAGGCCAGUCUACUCAAACGUCACCGAGAAGCUCGUCACCUAUUGAUGGAAGUGUUAGAGAAUCAAACAACUUCAGCAAAGAAUCCUCGAUCAGAAGUGACCUUGUUGCAGAUCUUGAGGAAACCAAGAUGACUCGCGUGCUUUCCUCCGCAUCGACCGACAAGAUCGGGAAUCGGUCGUGUUUAUCGCAUCAGGUAAACGCAUUCAAUGAGGACUUGGCACUGUUGCCACCUCCACCUCCACCUCCACUACCGGAGUCAUACUCCAAGAACAGAUCUACAUCUAUCUCAAUGACAUCGUUGCAGUCCUUCAUCCCGCCACCUCCGCCGCCGCCAUCUCCGCACGUGCUCGCGACCGAGACGACGCGAGGUAGCGAGAGGACGGUUUCAUCGUCGGCGACGAAACUAACAGAUAUUUCGAGGAUACCAUCACCGCCACCUCCGCCCAUGCCGACGCAAAGUAUCACGAGUACAUUUCCACCCGCGCCUCCUCCGCCACCUCCGCCACCGCCUACACCGAUGAGUACGACGAGCAUGAUACCUCCCCCUCCGCCGCCACCUAUGCAAACUAUCAUAAGUGCGAUAUCCCCGCCGUCUCCUCUGCAGAACGUGAUACCUCCGCCACCACCUCCGCCAGCGCCUCCGUCCAUGUCAGCGCAGAUAGUCGACAGUGAUAUACCUUUUCCGCCACCACCGCCACCACCUAUGCCUCCUCAGGGUAUAACGUGUGAAAUAUCUGUAUGCAUGAAGAGCGGGAUACCUCCGCCGCCUCCGCCGCCGCCCACGCCGAUGUUGAACAUGUGCGGGGUACCUCCACCGCCGCCUCCUCUGCCACCUCCGCUUGCACCGGUGACAGAUGGACUGAUUAGCGCGAUACCGCCACCACCACCGCCGCCGUUACCUGGAACACAUAGUUCUGCGAAUGGUCCACCGCCUCCACCGCCGCUACCGGGUAUGCCAACGCUAAACGGUAUACCUCCUCCGCCACCGCCUCCAAUCGGGGGAUCAGGUGCAGGUCCUCCACUACCGCCAGCACCUCCGGCACUUCCGGGGACGACUGGACCCUGUCCUUUACCUGCUCCACCAGUCGGAGGGUGGAAUCCGCCCAGCAGAGCCAUUAUGAGAAAACAACCUUUGAAUCCUGAUGUGCCUAUGAAGCCACUUUACUGGACAAGAAUUAUAGUGCCAGUUGCUGCGAUUAGUCAAACUUCCGCUCCUUCAGAAUCGCCAACUCAGGUACCUUUGUGGUUAGAACUUGCGGAAGAAGAAAGUAUAAACAUGAAAGAGUUUGCCGAUUUAUUUUCGCGGCAAGUAAGACAAAAAAAUCUGGCCAAAAGGAACGAGGAAACAUCUAAUAAAAGCUCUAAGAUUCAACCAGCAAAAAUAUUGGAUUCAAAACGUUCAAAGAUGGUGGGAAUUCUUGAAAAGAGUCUGCAUAUUGAUUUUAGCGAGAUCGAGAACGCGGCUUAUAAUUUAGACACGAGCGUAAUCAGUUUGGAGACGCUGCAACAAAUCUAUGAAAUCAAACCUACGGAGAAGGAAAUAGCAGAGAUCGCUGCUCAUGAAGCAGAGUAUCCGGAUGUUCCUAUCGAUCAACCGGAAUUAUUUCUCAAAAGAUUAUCUGGUAUAAAGCACUUUUCCGAGAGGAUAGCCUGCUUGAUGCUUCAAUCGGAAUUUCAAGACGCAAUCUCGUCGGUCUCGUAUAAAUUGAAUAACGUUCGAACCACCUGCGAUUUUUUGAUGCAGUCCGAGUCUUUAAAAAAAGUGAUGGCCAUUAUACUGACCCUGGGGAAUUAUAUGAACGGCGGAAACAUGAUGCGCGGCCAGGCUGACGGCUUCGGUCUGGAGAUACUUGGCAAACUGAAAGACGUAAAGUCCAAUGUACCCGGCGUCACCUUGUUGCACUAUGUCGUCAAUGCAAAGCUCUCUCUGGAAAAAGAGCAUAACUUUGACGAGCCAUUAGCACUACCCGUGCCUGAGCCGGCUGACAUCGAGGCCGCAUCCACGAUCAAGUUUGAUGAUAUUGCCAAGGAACUUGACAGAUUGGAAAAGGAACUGCAGAUAUGCGCGCAAAAGUGUAACACCGUCGUGGAAGCGGAUCCAGAUACGUCUAAGGUGUUCAAGGAGAAAGUAGACUCUUUUAUGGCGAGAGCAAGUAUCGAAUUGGCAAAUGAAAAAGAAGAGCUAUUGGAAGCUAAAAACAGAUUCAAGGCCGUAAUGCGAUUUUAUCAGUUUAUUCCUAAAGGCGCCACAUUGGAGACCGCAGAACCUUACGAUUUCUUCAACCUGUGGCUUGGUUUCUGUCGGGAUUUUAAGGAUAUCUGGAAAAAGGAACAGCAGCGAAUACGAAAGGAACGGAUGGAGGAAGCUCGCAAGAAGCUUGAAAAUAAAUCCGAUGUUGUGAGAGUAAAAUUAAAUCCGCACGGACUAAAAGCGCGACUACAAAAACUGGCGAGUAAAAAGCAGACUCAAAGAUAGUCUUAUCGGAAUAUGUAGAAAAUGACAAUUUCAAAAAUGGAGAUUUCUCCGCUGAUAAUUUGUAUAUAAUUAUACUAGUCAAAUUAAUUUCACAAAUAAUCCCCUCGCGUUCAAUAUAAGCCUCCAUUAAUUGUAUAUUAAUUUUUUAUUUAUAUUGGUUUCUUUUUGUUAUUUUUGAACUGAAUCGAAAAUGAUAAAUUCGCGAAAAGGGAUUAUUUUCAGGACUACAAAUUUUACUUUUAAAGCGAACCGAACUGCUUUGCUCAAACUAUUAGCUUCGUUAUAUACACAGAAACUUAAAAAAAAAAAAUCUAUUUUGCGUAUAAACAUUUACUAUAAACGUGCAUUUAAAAACACGAUAAAUUAAAAGUUACUUUCCAGAGGCAAAUCUUUAAUUGCUCAAAAUUAAUAGGAUAAUUUUCGAUUAAAUUUAAAUUAAUUUUUAUACAAUACAAAAAUAUUAAGUACAUACAUAAAUUAGAAGAUAUAAUAUUCAUGCAACGAAAUGCGAUCAUUUACAAUUCAGAUACGAUGUGGAUUGUCAAUCGCAAAUGUUCUUAAAUAAUCAGUCGAUAAGAUUUGAUCUAUGAUACGUAAAUUAUAGCAAUUACAGACUGAAAUGUUAACCGUACACUACAAAUCUAAUGUGCAUUUCAGUAGAGAGAGAUAGUUUCUUGAAAUUUAUUAAUCAUUAAUAUCGAUUAUUAAUUAAUAAUUUGAUAGCAGCUUUACGGGUAUCACUUACGGACAUGUUUCAAUCGCUAUCUCAUUCUGAAUGAUUUAGCAAAUGCACAUUAUCGAUGAUUGGAUUCUUUCAAUAGAAGAAAGUUAUAAAUAUAAAGUCCGUUCUUUUUAGCUGCACUUUCUCGCAUUAUUUGCAUUUAAUACAAAGUACGCAAGCUUGAAAAAAGAUUCUGAAAAGUUCUAAGAAAGAAAAACUAAAGAUAAUACACCUAUAUUAUAAACAUUUGUGAUGACUUUAAAAAAGAGAAGCUUUGUGCCUCUUUACAAUAUACAUUUAUUCCGAAAAUUUUUGUUAUUCUAAUAGAAAAGAAUCAUAAUAUGAUCACCGAU